AGUCAGUGCUCCAUUAUAUUUUUUUCAUCUCUCUCUUAGUUCUUACUCUGUUUAUGCAUAUUUGAUUUUUUUUCUGUGUCUGAGAGUAAAAUUUAGUUUCUGUCCCACACCACACCCAAAAGCCAAAAGUCAGCGCCGUCCUUUCGUAUGUAUUCACUCUCUGUCUGAACCAGAACCAUGAAUAACAACACAGAAAUAGAUAAGAAAUUAAGGUUAUAGCUUCUAGGUAGAUUGACUUCUAGUUCAGUUCUGUCAAUGGCUGAUGACUGGGAUCUGUCCGCUAUAAUCAAGAGUUGCAGUUCAGCGUCAGCCACCACCGUGAACACAUCAAAAACCGACACAGCCGCCGUCGAAAAUGGCGGCUAUGAGAACGGUUUAGAGUGUUUGACUUUCGGUGAUGACGACGGUCCAUUUUCAUUUUCUGAUUUUGGACAAGCUAGGAAUAAUGGGUGGGAGGAAUUACAAGAUUCGUAUAAACCAUUUCUUCCUAUCUCUAGAAAUCAUGGUAAUAUUCCUAUAUCCCCCAUUAAUCAUUUUGGAGAAUUUCUCAUUAGUGGCCAAAAUGACCCACAACUUGCACCACCAUUACCACCACCUCCACCACCAGUACCGCCGCCGAUGAGUGCACCAUUUAACCUCAGCUUCGAUAGCAUAGAUCAAGAACCGCGUCAAAGCCAAAAAUUGCACCAGCAAAGCAGGCCUAUUCCUGUCAUUUCUUUACGAACUGCUCAGUCUGUACCAGCUUCAAGAUCAAGAAAAAAAAAAGGUCAUCUCAAGAAGCAAGUAAUGCAGGUAGCAGCAGAAAAUCUCUCUAAUGAUGUGUGGGCUUGGCGGAAAUACGGACAGAAACCUAUCAAAGGCUCUCCAUUUCCAAGGAAUUACUAUAGAUGCAGCAGUACAAAAGGAUGUGGAGCAAGAAAACAAGUGGAGAGGAGCAACAUAGAUCCAGCUAUGUUCAUCGUCAGCUACACCGGCGACCAUUCUCAUCCGCGUCCAACUCACCGGAACUCACUUGCCGGAAGUACAAGAAACAAGUUUCCGACGCUUCAGAAGGCUAACUCCGAUGAUCUUGAAAAGCUGGGUGCUUGUUCAUCAUCUCCACUUUCUGGGACAAGUCUCUCUCCAACAACCCCACUGUCAGCUGCUUCUAUGGACCACGAGGUGGCAACAGCACCAGCUAAAGAGAGCAUCAUGAAACCAGAGGAUCAGGGCCAUAGAAUGGAAAGUGACGGUGGUGAUGAUGAUGAUUACUUUGGCGAUGAUAUUUUGAUUCCUAAUUUGACUUUAAAUGAAGAUUUAUUAAAGGAUUUACAUGAGCUGAAUAGUGCUGGUCAAGGAGCUUUUGGUGGUGGUAACCGGACCGGAGGUUUGGGACAGAGCUUAGAUUUUGGUGAUAGUUUCUCUUCUUGGGUUGUUGGUAGCUCUGCUGCGGCUGCCGGAGCCACCCGAGGUGGUGGCUUAUGAUGAUUGGUAAGGUUCAGAAAAAGCUGGUUCGUUAAGUUCAUCGAGCCUUCAAGGAAGUUUUUUUUUCCUUCCAAAUAAUAUAAACAAAAAUUAGAAUAUAGAUAAAAAUUAGAACAUGAGAACUACAGAAAUUUCUCAUUUUUUUUUGGUUUGAUGAAUAGGUACAGAUGAUGUACAAGAGGAAAGAAAAGAAUUUUCUCUCCCUCUAACUAUGGUUCUUUUUGUCUUAACUUUUCUUCCCCUUCAUUUCUUCA